GAGCCUAGUCCCUGGUUCCCCCUGCCUCAGUCUGCAUGGGGUGAGGAGGGAGCCUGAUCCAAGGGACAGAAGCAGAAAGCACAGGAAACCUGGAAGCCUGUAAUUCUAGACUGGGUUUUGAUCCUACAGGAGUUUUGGGGUGAAGGUUUUUAACCUUCCAGGUUGCUGGAAGGGAGGCAUGUGAGGUCCACUGAGGGCAGGGCAAGUAGAACCCUACCCUGUGUGAGGUGAGGCUUGGUUGCCAAGUGACUGUCCCAGGGAGCCAUCUGCUGUCAGAAGAACUCUGCUUGCUGCGUUCACCCCUUAGCUACAGGCACCUUGAUACUACUCGUUCCCUUGCGCCAUGGCACGGCAGCUCAACUUGGACACAGUGUGGCAAAACUUCUGGAAGGAGGAAUAUCUAAGGGAAAAGAUGUUGCGCUGUGAAUGGUACCGCAAGUAUGGGUUAUUGGUGAGGGCCAAGCAGAAGGCUAAGGCUGCAGCCCGCCUGCCCCUCAAACUGCCCACCCUGACACCCAAGGCCCAAGUGUCACCGCCACCUGUCCCCAAAGCAGUCCCUGCCAAGCCCCCUAGCCCUGUCUCUGAGGCUCCUUUUCAGACAGAAAUGUACCCAGUACUGCCUGCAACUCGGGCUCUGCUGUAUGAAGGCAUCUCCCAUGACUCCCAGGGGCGCUAUCACUACCUCAACACCCGAAAACUGGACGUGCCAGAGAAGCGCUAUCUCUUCCCGGUCACCACCAACUUCACAUAUGGCUGGCAGCUGGGUACCCCAGCAAAGCAAGAACUGGUCUCCUGCAAGAUGUGCCACAUAGAGUCGUUCUUCCGGAAGAAUGGGGCCUUUUCAAUGCUGGAUCCCCGGGAUCUGGCCCUCUGACCUUUGG